UCCCGCCGUGGCCUCCGCAGGCGGAAUUGCCGAGUUGUCGCAGAGCUGGGCUUUCUCUGCGGUCUUGUGCAAGUCCCGCCCUUGGCACUGAACGUCCAGGUGCAGAUCCGUCUGCAGGCGGCGCGGUGCUGUGCGGGGGGGCUCUGGGGCAACAGGAGCGUUCGCACCUAGAUGCCGGGGUGGACCAGCCGCCUGCGUCAGGGAGGCCAGACCUCCUGGGUUUCCUGGCCUCGUGGGUCAAAUCGGCACUGUUUCCAUGGAUGCAGUGACCUAUGAGGAUGUGCAUGUGAACUUCACUCAUGAAGAGUGGGCUUUGCUGGACCCUUCCCAGAAGAGUCUCUACAAAGAUGUGAUGCUGGAAACCUUCAGGAACCUCACUUCUAUAGGUUACAAAUGGGAAGAUGAUAAUAUUGAAGAACACUGUCAAAGUUCUAGAAGACAUGGAAGGCAGAUCAUCUGUCACUCUGGAUACAACCCAUGUGAGUAUCUGGGAAAUGGACAGAAUCAUACCUCUGUUUUUCCUGGAACAGUUAGAAGAUAUGUUGUAGUCCCCACUGUAAGCAGACAUGAUGACUAUGAUAGAAGUUUGUACUCCCACUUUGAAGAACAACCUUAUGAGUACACGGAAUAUGGAAAUUCUUCUGUCUGUACUGGUUCACUUUGCACAAGUAGUGUGACUCAUAGUAUGAGAAAAUGUUAUGCAUACAGUCACUGUGCUGAAACUCUGAGUUCUUCCAGUUCUUUUCAAAGAUGUGAAAAAACUCAUUUGGGAAGAGGAAGUGAUAAUCUUGAGCCUUGUAUUAAGGACUUUAGCCAUCACGGGUAUCUUCAAACACACAAAACAGCCAAUAGUGAAGAAGAUCUCUUUGAAUGUAAUCAAGAUGAUAAAGCCUUUAGAUAUGAUUCCUUUUUAAAAGUAUACGAAAGAACUCAUUUGGAAGAAAAACCCUAUGAAUAUAAUCAAAGUGACUCUGCAAGUCACAAUAUUUAUCAAGUACAUAGAAUUCAUUCUGAAGUGAAAAAAUAUGAAUAUCACCAAUGUGAUAAAGCCUUUGCAAGUCCCAGUUAUCUUCAAAUAUAUAAAAGAAUUCUUACUGGAGAGAAACCCUAUGAAUGUACUCAAUGUGAUAAAGCCUUUGCAUGUUCCAGUUAUCUUCAAAUACAUAAAAGAAGUCACACUGGCGAGAAACCAUAUGAAUGUAAUCAAUGUGGUAAAGCCUUUGCACAGAAGAGUCAUCUUCACAGGCAUGAAAGGAUUCAUACUGGAGAGAAACCCUAUGAAUGUAAUCAUUGUGGUAAAGCAUUUGCACACAAGUAUAAGCUUCUCAUUCAUGAAAGAAUUCAUACUGGAGAGAAACCCUAUGAAUGUAAUCAAUGUGGUAAAGCCUUUGCAGAAAAAUGCAAUCUUCUCAGUCAUGAAAGAAGUCAUACUGGAGAGAAACCCUAUGAAUGUAAUCAAUGUGAUAAAGCCUUUGCACAGAAGAGUGAUCUUCGAAGUCAUGAAAGAAUUCAUUCUGGAGAGAAACCCUAUAAAUGUAAUCAAUGUAGUAAAGCCUUUACACAGAAGGGUAAUCUUCGAAGUCAUGAAAGAAUUCAUACUGGAGAGAAACCCUAUGAAUGUAAUCAAUGUGAUAAAGCCUUUGCACAGAAGAGUGAUCUUCGAAGUCAUGAAAGAAUUCAUCUGGAGAGAAACCCUAUAAAUGUAAUCAAUGUAGUAAAGCCUUUACACAGAAGGGUAAUCUUCGAAGUCAUGAAAGAAUUCAUACUGGAGAGAAACCCUAUGAAUGUAAUCAGUGUGGUAAAGCCUUUGCACAGAAGAGUAAUCUUCUCAGUCAUGAAAGAAGACAUACUGGAGAGAAUCCCUUUCUAUGUAAUCAACAUGCUAAAUCCUUUGCACUGGAGGAGAAUUUUCUCAUCCAUAAAAGAAGCCAUACAGGAGAGAAAGCCUUUGAAUGUAAGCAAUGUGGUAAAACCUUUGCAAAGAAGAGUCAUCUUCUCAUUCAUGAAAAAAUUCAUACUGGGGAGAAACCCUAUGAAUGCAAUCAAUGUGGUAAAGCUUUUGCAUGUAGCAGUAAUCGUCACAGGCAUGAAAGAUGUCAUACUGGAGAGAAACCUUAUGAAUGUAACCAAUGUGGUAAAGCUUUUGCACGUAAAAGUCAUCUUCGGAGUCAUGAAAGGUGUCAUACUAGAGAGAAACCCUAUGGAUAUAAUCAAUGUGGUAGAGACUUUGCAUGUAACAGUCCCCUUCAAAUAAAAGAAAGAACUCAUAAUGGAGGCAAACCCUAUGAAUGUAUUCAAUGUGAUAAAGACUUUGUAUAGAAUAGUCAUCUUCACAAUCCUGAAAGAAAUCAUACUUGACAAAAACCCAAUGAAUGUAAUCAAUGUGGUAAAGUCUUUCCAUGUUGCAUUGUCCUUCAAAAUCAUGAAAAAUUUCACACUGAUGAAAAUCCCCAUGAAACUAAUAAAUGAGGCCAGGCCUUAUAGUCCAAGUACAUUUUCCCCAACCAAGCCAUCUCAAUGGUGCUUGAUUAAGGUUAGUAGAACUACUCCUUAGUUAAAACAUUGACUCUUUUUCUAUUAAACAUUAUAGUCAAAGAAUAACAGAAACACAUGAUAAUUUGAAUAAUAAAAUGAUUUGUGAAUGAAA